CAUAACGUCGCUUAUUCUUAUUACCGAUUCGAAUGUAAGAAACAUGUUUGCAUUAUUAUUUACGGUGUGUUCGGUGUUUUUGAUUGGCGACGCCUCAUUUGUGGGCUCGCUAACUAAAUGCAGUAUGAGCGACAGUGAGUGCCAUAAAAAACUGUACCAAUCGGUUAUAUCAGAUGUUGGCAAAAUCGGUGUGAAAGAGUUGGGGAUUCCCCCUGUAGACCCUUUGGAGCUGAAGAAUGUGUCCAUUUCCAUCCUAGGGCUGCUUGAUAUCAGUUUGGAAGAUGGUAUAGUUAAAGGAGUAAAAGACUGCUUGCUCAAUAACGUGACGACCGAUAUUCCCAACGGACACCUAUACAUGGAUAUGACAUGCGACAUCACGGUAAAAGGACAUUACAAAGCUUUUUCCUCUAGCCCCUUAAUUAAGACAUUAUUGGGAGGAGAAUUUAUCCGCGCUGAUGGAUUAGGAAAAGUCAAAGUAGAAAAACUCCACAUGAAUUUUGACUUCACAAUCUAUGCCCACAAGGAUGACGAUGGGGAAAUAUAUUUGACAUCGAUUUACAAUCAAACGAAGUAUGAUUUUGAAAUAUUAGGGAACCUCGUAUUCGCUGGAAACAACAUAUUUAUGGGAAAACAAGAUAUUAGUGUCCUAGCCGUCAGUCUACUUAAUCAGAUCGGUAAAAGUAUGGCACCAUACUUUGGACGAGCCUUUAUGGAAAAAUCUCUAGAAUUUGUGUACGCUUACUGUGGAAAAUUUUUCGAAGUUGUACCAGCCAGAUAUUACAUUAAAGAAGAUCUUACUCCGUUCAUAAAACAAUAAUCGACAUCAUCAAAAAUAUAUUUAUUUGCAAGAUUAUGGUACAUUCACAUUGGUGAAUAUGUUAUAAUAUUUAUAUAAAAACAUAAUCAAACCAAUCAGAACAUGCAAUAAAUAUACGUAUGUUAAUUACAAAUUAAUGUCAAAAAAAUAUUAAAAAAAUAUAUCUGAAUAUAAUUUAAAAUAAUAUUUUGUAAUUUAUAUAUUUGUAUUAAGUAUUUAUUUUAAAGCAAUUUGGCAGACGCUUGCAUAUCUUAAUAUAAGUAGGUAUAAUACAUGCCUUUAGGUACGUAUUAUACCUACCAUUGUCAACUUUGAGUCCAGAACUUGUAAAUUUAGCAAAUACUUAUUUAUAACAGGUCAAUUUUUUGGUUUGAUAUGAAAUUCAGAGGGUUUUUUUUUUUUAUAAAAAUCCAGCGUUGUAAAAAUGUAAAUACCAGUAAUUAGUGUCUCAACACAUGUGACUAACUCAUCAUCUCUCAUUAAGCUAAAUAAGAAUAUAGGUAAUUGAAAUGUAAUUAAUAAUGAAGUAUUUAAAUGGCAUUGUUUUAUUUGAAAAUUAUUGAUUGUUAUGAAUAAAAACAAGUUGUUUUUCA